AUGCUCCUCCAUCCCCUUCCCUCUGGAUCUGACAGUGGUAAUGGCCCCUAUGCUCCUCCAUCCCUCCCCUCUGGAUCUGACAGUGGUAAUGGCCCCUAUGCUCCUCCAUCCCUCCCCUCUGGAUCUGACAGUGGUAAUGGCCCCUAUGCUCCUCCAUCUCAUUCCCUUGGACCUGACAGUGGUAAUGGCCCCUAUGCUCCUCCAUCCCUCCCCUCUGGAUCUGACAGUGGUAAUGGCCCCUAUGCUCCUCCAUCCCUCCCCUCUGGAUCUGACAGUGGUAAUGGCCCCUAUGCUCCUCCAUCCCUCCCCUCCGGAUCUGACAGUGGUAAUGGCCCCUAUGCUCCUCCAUCUCCUUCAGUCUGCAUCUGA